CUCAUUGAUCACACAUUUUAUAAUUUAUUGAUUUCUCAAUCCUAAGUUUUGUGAUGCAGUAAUAUGGUUCUGCGUGUUCCAUUUCGCCGGUGGGUGCAUGUGAAGCAUCGAAAUCCUCAAGCUCGGCAUGGAGGGUUUUAUUGUCUUCUUCCGAUUCAAGGCUGAAGGGUGAUUGCUGCGGUUGCACGAUAUCAACGCUCUGGACAGUUGGAGUAUAAAGCAUUUAGCAUCUUUAUGUGUGAGUAUAGUGACAUUUUGGGUCUGGGUCAUAAUUUGAUAUGGGCUGUACGCGAUGAUUUAAUUAAAUGGUUGGAUGCUCUUGUGCAUAAUUCAUUCAUACGCCACAGUACUCCAGGUGUCGAACGGUGUUGGUAUAUUAAGCACAUGUCUCAGCUCUAUGUCUUCGCCCCAACUAUGUUAUUGCCUCAAGGUUUACGUGCUUCUUUCGAAGGCAUUAGUAGGACUACUUGGAUUUUGAUAAGACAUGGAUGUAAAUCUUGGCCUAUUCAAGUUGUGGAUGGUGUAAUACGGAAUGGUUGGCGUGAGUUUCGUACAACUCAUGCCAUGACGACUAAUUAUAAGCUUAUUUUAACAUGUGAGCGAAGGUGGAUUUUUAAUGCAAUAAUUCUUGAUCAAAAUGACGUUGAAGUCUCAUAUGAUUGGACAAUGUUAUUGAAUGAACAUUGGCGUGAAUUGCAUGCUCUUCAGGGUAAUUUUUUCACCGCUUGUCUACCAUCAACAAUUCAACAAAAUCUCCCACUCAUGAAGUCCGGAUAUUGGUGCAUGCCACAAACAAAUAAUCUUCAGGAGUUUCAAAGUAGGCUUCAAACUGUACUUGAAGAUGUAAAUUUGGAGGUUAUUUCAGUUCGAAUGGGAAAUAGAACUUGGUCCAUAUCUGUUGACAAUGGACAUCUGAAUACUGAUAUGUUCAACCAGCUCUUGGAUGUUCUGCAACUUCAACUGUAUGAUUAUGUGUUCAUUACUAUGUUACCAAACCUUGAUGUUAGGGUUGUCAUCCUUGAUGCUGCAAAUGAUAGAGAAAGGAUUUAUGAUUGGCUUUAGUUUGGAGUUUAUGUCUACUGCCCUUUGGAUGUUGUCCAAUGAAGAAUGGAGAGUGCUUACAUGAGUAUGCCUUUUUGGCAAGACCUAGCAGUACUGA